UUUAAUAUUUUCUAUUCAAAUAUGAUUACAAUUUUCUGCACGCGAUUCUUAAAUUACCAUGCGACAUAUAUGUUAAUUUUGAAUUUAUGAUAAAAAGCUUUAUUGAAAUGUGUUUAUAAAACAUCGUUCAAAUGGAAAUUAAAUUUAAAUCAGUAAGAAACAGCGCUAUGGUAAUCGAAAUUUAAAAAAGAUCAUGAACUGGUACAAAGAUGUAAGGAAUACCACAGCUAGAUCGUUUUUCUAUGACCGAUUUUUAACUCAUUCUUUGUCAUUCUUCCGUGUACAAAUAUAUUAUUGACACCAUCUGAAUUUGUCAUUUUAUAAUUAACAAUAAUAACUAGCAGGUAAACGGACAGGUAAAGUUACGCAUGCUUAGACAGAGUUUAAAUGAUUAUUAUUUAUUAUAAACAUCAUGGCAGAGGAGGACGAUGAGUUUGUCAGUAAAUUUACGGAUUUGUCAACACUACCAGUCAAUGGUCAUGGAGGACCAGACAGUGGAUCAUCACGACUGACUAACGGUCACGACUGUACUAGAGAACUUCCACCAGUGCCAAAUGACUUUCGUCCAUCACUUCCUGUUAAUCCACCCAAGUUGAUUCCGCCACGGAUUAAAGUCAGCAGACCUCCAUCAGAAAUUUCCAAGUUUAUCCCAGAACAUGAGAUAACCAUUCCAAACGAUGGGAACGUAUCAAAGUUUACAGUUGAAGAACUCUUAACAUUCCUCAAACAUAUGGGAGUUAGUGACAGAAUUGUUAACCAUUUAAGGAAGAAAAGUGUGGAUGGUAAAAGAUUUUCAAGACUUAGUGAUUCAGAAUUAGAAAAUGUAGGGAUCAAAAAUCCCAUAAUAAUAUAUUUUAGAGACAAAAGUAGUGCCAAGUCUAAAAAGUCAGCACCAUUCAUGUUGUAACUGAUAAGUCCCAUAUAACAUUCUCAUAUUUUCCAUAUACUUUUGUUUUGUUGUAUGUCUCGUUACCUUGCAUAACUCACAUUUCGUAUCUUAUCCACAAAUAUGAAUAAUUUUUGAGUUUCCCAUCUUAACGAAGAUGAUAAUAAUGACCAGUAUUGAUUAUUACUCGUCUAAACCAUGGUCAGGUCCAUAUUAUUACUAUAUAUAUAGUGCCAACAUGAACGACAUGUAAUCAGCAUUUAUUUAUGUAAACGGGUAAACAUUUUGUUUGUAUUGAGACUGCGAACUUUGUGGUUUGAGAGGUCUUCUUUUCUUGGUUUUUUAAACCGACUUAAAAAUAAAUUGAUCUGCAUUUUAUUUACAGCCAUGAUAUGCAUUGGGUUUAUGAAAAGUUGAAAAUAUAAUGAUUUACAAAGAACUAUUCAGGGAUGUCUAUAUAUUGUAUAUGCUUUUUUUUAAUACAAAUAUUUAUGAAUUUGACUAGGUUACAAACUUGUUAGUAAAUUUAUCUUUCAGAGUAAACGAGAACAUUUGAAUGCACUUUUAUCAUAAUAGUAUAUCAUGGGACAAGUGGAAAUUGAGCUAAGCAAGAUUUGGGCCACCUUAUUCUCAUUUUGAAAACAAUUGAUCACUUUUUGUAGAUCUUUUUAAUUUAAAAAAAAGACAUAUUAUCCAUUCAAAUUUCAUUGUUAAAAAAAAUUAUCUUCAAAUGUAACAAUAUUUCGUUAUGAAAUAACAUUUCGGGAUGUGUCUUGUUGGUUUUCAUCGAUGUCUAUAAGUUGUACUAAUAAACCGUGUCACAAAAAGCAUUUGCCUAUUAAAAGGACAAACAUUUUACACGCAAAUAUAAGAUAUGCAUUGUGUGGUUAUUUGUAUAGAAUGUUCUUCUCCAACAAAGAUACUUUGUAUAUGUCUUCAGUGGAAAUUGACCUAGAAAACUGUAAAACGAUAUCAAACCUGUAUUUAACACAUGCAAUAGUAUCAUAAAGAAACGUGUAAUAUUACACUACAGGUAUAGACAAAAUAGACGAGAUUUCUUAUUUAAAUAUGGGAUCAAAAGUCAACAGUUUUAUUUGAAAAAAUCCCAGCCUCCUCCCCCUCACUGCCGGGUCAAACACUUAUACAAUGGCUGAAGUCUUUAUAUAUAAAGAUGCUUCUGUUUUAUUUAUCAUAAUCAAAACUUAAUCAAACCAAAGAUGUGUUCCACUCAUAUUCUUACAUGAACAUACUGCAAGUUCUGUUAUGGUGCCAUCAUUUGAAAGUAUUUUACAUCAGCAAUUAACUUAUUAUGCGAUAGUUUCAAAACUGUACAUAUAACAUGAAAUGACAAUAUCGGACAUUGUUAUAAUUAUGCUGACAUUAUUAUGAUGAAAUAUUGUUGGUGAAAAAUUUAAACUGUGAAUCUCAACCAUAUUUUACGAUACAUAUAUAAUUUCUACCGAUUACAUUUUUCACUUUGUAAAUUUGUAAUUUGGUUUUCGUUUAUUAUUAUAAAAUUGUUAACUUUGU